AUCAAAACAAAAAGCAUGUUUAAAAGUUUUUUGUGAUUUAAUUUGAGAUUUGUCUGUAGUUUUGUGCCAUUUUGAGUAAAAUAAGACAUGUAAAUGUAAUAAUAGCGGUGCGAGAAGUGUCGUUGGUUAAUAUUUAACAGAGGAACAAUAUGGACAGCUUAAGACAACCUGUUAAAAGAACAUAUCCAGUUCCAACAAAUUCCAACUUUAAAGAAUUUGUGGUUCCCCAACCAAGUGUUCCUAGGAGGCAAUUGACUCAAAAUAAAAGUCAAAAGUUUUCUGUACUUUCACUUUCAAAAAAUAAGAAAGGAGUAGAUGAUGAGGAAUCUACAGAGAAUCGUAUUGGUUGCAAGAUGGGUAGGACCAAUAAAAGGUUAUCUGAUGAAACAAAUAAAGACACUGAUAAAAAAUGUAAGCUUGAAGAAUAUUCACUUGAAGAUACUUUAUUCGAUGAUAUUAAUCUAACUCAGCUACUAAUGAACCAUGAUAACUCUUGUAAUAAAAGUAAAGUACUUUCAACUCGCUCAUGUAGCGAUAAUUCCUUACAUAAUAAAGAUGUUAAUGCAUUUCAACAAAACAUGAAUGACGCUACACAAAAAACAACAAUAAAGUCUUCAAGAUCAAAGAGUGAUCAGUCCUUGCAACCAAAAUCUAGUCACAACAACCCAAGUGAAACACCAAACAGGCCAUUACUAACCCAAUUAACUCAGUUGUUUGAUAGUACACAAGUCAUGAACCAGAUUGAAACCAUACUAUCAAAGGAAAGUAACUCCGGUGCCAAAUCUAACGCAGUUUUACGCGAGAAAAAUACGUGGGGUGCAAAAAUAAGCGAGAAUUUAGGAGAUGUACUUAAUGAGAAUAAUCGUGAGGAAUUCGAGUCAUUUUUCGACCAAAUUGAACAUUCGGUCAGCGUAAUGGGUACAAAUGUUGAGUCUGUUGAUAAAGAUGUUUCAAAAAUUUUGGAAGCACUUUUUGGAACACAAACAGUGGAGGGAUCAGAUAAAAUGAAUGUGUUUGGUGUGAAUGAAAAUGAAAUUACAAUGUCUGGAAUAAAUGCUAGUUUUGCAACGGCUUUAAAGCAAGUGCUUUUAUCUAAUGUUACAAAAGAGAUAGUGCCGGUGGAAAAACCCAAAAAUGUAACACUUGUGGAAGAAAGUGCUACAUUUACAGAAGUUGGACCUUUCUACGGAUUGCCUUUGAGGGUUAAGGAAUUAAUAAAAAACUAUAAAGGGAUUGAGGAAUUAUAUGACUGGCAAGACAAAUGUUUAAAGCUUCCAGCAAUCAAAGAACACAGAAACCUUAUCUACGCACUCCCGACAAGCGGUGGUAAAACUCUCGUAGCUGAGAUUCUAAUGCUUCAAGAAAUUAUGUGUCGGAAAAAAAAUGCGUUAUUUAUCUUACCUUACGUUGCGAUAGUUCAAGAAAAGGUCUGGGCUUUGUCACCGUUUGCUGUGGCCUUAGACUUCCUAGUUGAAGAGUACGCAGCUAGUAAAGGUACAUACCCUCCCAGAAAACGUCGGCGAAAACGCUCAAUUUAUAUCGCAACUAUUGAAAAGGCUUUAGGAUUACUAAACAGUCUCAUAGAGACUGAGCGUAUCAACGAAAUCGGUUUAAUCGUCGUCGAUGAGCUUCACUUGGUUGGAGAGUCGGGACGUGGUUCCACCCUAGAAGCCUUACUUACGAAAAUUAUGUACAUAAAUGCCAAUAUCCAAGUGGUUGGAAUGAGUGCAACAAUCGGAAAUGUUAACGAUUUGUGUAAAUUCCUCAACGCUGAUAUUUAUACGCAAAAUUUCCGUCCCAUUGAAUUAGUCGAAUAUGUGAAAUGUGGUCCAGAAGUCGCCAAAAUUAAUUAUAGUCCAAAAGAAGAAGAGUUGUUGACUGUUGUUCGAAAAAUCGAUCACAGCUAUCCGGAUGGUAUGAACAGUAUUGAUCCUGACAAAUUAGGUGCUUUAGUGAUGGAAGUUAUUCCUGAAGGCUCGUGUUUAAUUUUCUGUGCAUCGAAAAAAAAUUGCGAAAAUGUGGCUUAUCUACUGUGCAAGGUUGUGAACAAAAGUUUGUUGGAUUACAAAAAAGAAGAAAAAGAGCAAGUUAAACACUCAUUAAAAGACGAAGGUGGUUCAUUGUGUAAAAUAUUUAACGUGUCAAUCCAAUUAGGCAUCGCGUAUCAUCAUUCAGGUUUAACAAAUGAAGAACGCCGAGUUAUUGAAGAAGCUUUCAGGGCUGGUGUCAUUUCAGUCAUUUGUUGUACGUCAACUCUAGCAGCUGGAGUUAAUUUACCUGCCAAAAGAGUCAUUCUAAGGCAACCCUAUAUUGGUCGCGAGUUUAUCAGUCUUUCCAAAUAUAAACAAAUGGUAGGUCGGGCCGGUAGAGCUGGUUUGGGGGAGACAGGUGAAAGUAUUUUAAUCUGUAAUCCUCAUGAAUUACCCAAAGUGAAAAAAUUACUGGUGUCACCAAUGGAUGAAGCUUUAUCUGGUAUGCACGAAAAUGAAGGAAAAGGAUUGAGACAUUUGCUUUUGAGUUGUAUUAGUUUAGGUGUGGCUAACACUCGAGCUCAGCUGCAAGAAGUAUCGAAAAAAACUUUAUUAAAUAUUCAGAGUGAACGACUUGAAGUCAAUUUAAAAAAAAUCACUGAUAAGGCAAUUAGUGAUCUUUUUAAACUUGGAGCUUUACAAGAAGCGGAUUUGAGUAAAAAGGAAAAUAAUUUGGAUUGCGAUGUAACAGUCCGAAUGGAAACUUCAUUUUCGAGUACCGAUUGUAAUAGUAAUUUCUCAAGUGGAAGGAAAAGGAAAAUUGUCCUCAAAAACGACACUAAACUUGUGAUCAGUAAACUAGGUUGUGCUGCAAUUAAAGGCAAUUUUGAAUUGACAAGAGCGCAUCAACUUUACGAUGACCUCCACCAAGCACAGAAAAGUCUAGUUUUACUCGAUUGUCUGCAUUUAUUAUAUCUUGUCACACCUUAUGAUCUCGCCGAGCAAAUUAAACCAAACAAUAACGACUACUACAAUAUUUUUUGUAAAUUGGGCCGCAAUGAACUUCAAACAGCUCGUAUUUUGGGAAUUAACGAUGCAGUAGUUAUGAGAAUGUUGUCAAACCAACCAAUCAAAAGUGUACCUGAACGUGUCUUAAAUCGGUUUUAUUUAACUUUGAUGUUGUAUGAUUUAUGGAACGAAAUUCCCAUUUUCGAAGUCUCGGAAAAAUUCCAAGUGAAUCGGGGAAUUGUGCAGCAUUUGAUGACCGGUGCUGCGACUUUUGCAUCAAAUGUUGUACAUUUUUGUGAAGGUUUGGAAGAGUUUUGGACUUUUGCUCAUCUUUUAAAUGGGAUGAGUCAAAGAUUGUCACAUUGUUGUGUAAAAGAAUUAUUGCCUUUGAUGCAAUUACCGGCAGUGAAACAAAGCCGUGCACGGCAGCUUUACAAUGCCGGAUUUAAAUCUAUACGUAGUAUAGCUGCAGCAAAUGCCGACAAUUUGGUGGAAAGUAUCGAAUAUUUACCGAGGAGGGUAGCAAAACAACUCAUUGCUGCAGCUAAGAUGUUGAUGUUGGAAAAAGUGGAAAAUUUACGGGAAGAAGCUGAAGACGUACUUGACGGUAUAGAGAACCCUAAACCCUUUAUAAAUCAAUCUAUAUUACUUUAAUUGUUUAUAAAAUCAAUGUAUUAAAACUGUUAUCGUUUUUUGUAUAAACACGGAUUUAAACUCAAA